UUCCCAUCUCUAGUGUUCACAACAAACUUUCGGAAAUCUGACAAAAUUUUGAAAACACUUUUUAAUUGUUUUUAAAUUCCGUUUACCGCUUGCCAUGCAGUGGUAAGUGGCGUUGCAUAAACCGGCCGGGCAGUCCAGAUGCGCCACAAUGCGGCACCUACUGAACUCUUCUCUCGUUACCAGCAGUUAUAAACUCGCAACCAAGCGCAGCUUAUACAAUGCAACGGUCCUCCAGGCGGACUCCGGCGCCCAUUUACGUAGCCCGGAUUUGGAUGCAGCGCGACAAAAUGCCCGGAUAGUGGUCAUCGGGGCCGGACUCUCCGGUCUAUCUGCCGCGCAGCACCUGUUAUCGCACGGUUUCCGACGCACAGUUGUUCUGGAGGCUACCGAGCGCUACGGCGGCAGGAUAAACUCACAGCGCUUUGGGGACACCUUCUGCGAGCUGGGCGCGAAAUGGGUAAAGAUCGACGGGGCACAGGAUUCUAUGUACGAGCUGUUGCGCAACACCGAAGGUCUAGACAAGCAGAUCAAGCAGCCCGAGCGUCCCAUCUACGUCCACGUGGAGCAGGAUGGCGAUGGCAGCCAGGCAAUCAAGCCAGCCAUGGCGGAGCUCAUCGACACCUUGUUUCGGCAGCUAUGCCGAGGCUUUAAGGUCUCCGACCGAGUGAAGCGCGGCGAAGAUAUGCAGGCCUUGGACAACGUAAUGAGCUACUGAGCAGAGAGCAAUAGAAUCAUUGCCGCCACAUUCCAGCAGCCAGAGGAGCAGCAGGCGGCGCGGGAGAUCUUCCAGUCCCUGUUCAAGGAGUUCGGCAGUGUCUUGGGAUGCUGCCUAGAGUAUGUGAACAUUGAGCACAUUACCAAGUGCCCGGUGCAACCCGAAAAGCGACCACUUUACGUGCCCACCGGACUGGAUAAUGUCGUAGAGGAGCUCACACAACAGCUGGAUAAGGAUCAGUUGCAGACGGGCAAGCCGGUGGGUCAAAUUCAGUGGACCCCGUCGCAACUCAAGGGUGUGGGCUGCCUGGACGGCAGUCUUUAUAGCGCGGAUCACAUUAUUUGCACCCUACCGCUGGGCGUCCUCAAAAGCUUUGCGGGCAUACUGUUCCGGCCAACAUUACCGCUAGAUAAGUUACUGGCCAUACGCAACCUGGGUUUUGGCAAUCCUUUGAAGAUCUAUCUCUCCUACAAGAAUCCAAUUAAGAGAUGGCUUAAGACAAGCCUGCGACCACUUGGGACACAUCCAAGUCGCUCCACCGAUCCGGAAGUGGAGCGUAAUUGGACCCAGCAGGUGGUGGAGAUUAGUCAGAUGCCCAGCAGCCAACAUGUUCUGGAAGUGCAUGUAGGUGGCGGAUACUACGAGGAGAUUGAGAAGCUUCCCGAUGACAAGCUGCUGGAACAGAUUACCACGUUGCUGAGACGCUGUAUUAGCAAUGAUUUAAUCCCCUACCCCGAGGGCUUGCUCCGUUCCAACUGGAGUACGUCGGCAUGCUACCUCGGCGGACGUCCAUACUUCUCCACAAACAGCAGUGCGCGCGAUGUCCAGCGACUGGCGGCGCCGCUGGGGGAGAUGUCACCGAGCCUGCUCUUUGCCGGGGAUGCCACUGCCGUUCAAGGCUUUGGCACCAUCGAUGCAGCCCGGUCCAGUGGCAUCAGGGAAGCUCAACGCAUCAUCGACUAUUACAGAAACAUCGUGCAUUGUUAUUGAUUGGGAAUUAAUCUCUCAAAAUUCAACCAAAAAUGGUACAAAGAAUCUAAAAAUGGGAACUCACUAGUCAAAAUUCAUAGUUAAAAGUUAUUGUAUAUAUUUAUGCCAUUAUAUUAUUUUAAAGUUAGGCGUAGCACUUUAAUAAUAAAAACAUCAACAAAAGUGAUACUUUAAAUCUAA